GCAGGUAGUAAGGUUUUCUACCUCUAGUAAACAAUAAAGCUUGGAAGGAACGCAUAAACCAUGUAAUCCAGUUUUCUGUGUGAAAUCAAGUUCUUAAAUAAUCACAAGAUCUUAAAGAUAAACUAUACACAAAUAUAAUGAAAGGCUAGUGAAGCGAAGAAAAAACAUCUUUACCCUUUUUUCAUUGAAUCUAAUUAUCUUAAAAAAGACGAUGCUUCGACCGAUGAAAUUAGAAGGAGCUUUGAAGCUGUACAUAGCUUUGUACUCACUAGCUCUUAGUCUAACUUUCCUAACAUCAAUUCCGAUGCUGAAGCAUGUGGGUCCUGAGGGAGAUUGUUUACUGUUUACAACUCCUCCUCCUAUAGCCUAUGGGUCGACCGGAGGUUGUUAUAUUUCUGGAAUAAUACCUAUCUUUGUCGCUGUCUGCGCUCUUGGUUUAAUAUUUAUACACUGGCUUCAGCUCAGGAAUCUCAGGAAGCAUAUUAAACUACCAGAGAUGUCCUCGGAUGAGUUUCGAAUGAAAUUCAAGAAAAAGUUUUGGAAGAUGAUAAUUCUUCAUUCAAUAGUAGUGGGUUUAGUUGCAAUGGAUGCUUGUAUUCUGACCGCAGGGUAUGCCACUUCCUGUCGGAAUAUAUACACGGAAGUGGAAUCAAAACUCAGGAAUAGGCUUUCACAUACACCAAUAUCUAAUAGGGGGGCUGAUGCCAUAGUACGACAGGCACAUGAAAUCUUCGCAGACGAUCAUACAAUCAACAGAUACUCAAACGAUAACCAAGAUAUUUUGGGUAGAAACAAGUUUGAGCAGAGGAUCACAUGUCGAGCCAUGUUCACCGAUGAAAAGAACCACUACGAUCUGAAGAAGAAUUCCGCAAACAACCAAUAUUUGGCUUCUAUUUAUGGUUUUUGGAAUCAAGGCCAGAAAAAUGUAGCGGAUAUCGGGAAUUUCAGGAAUAAAGCCUACACUGAUAAUCUGAUACUUGAACUCAGCAUGGCAGGAGCCUGGAUAGGAUUCUUUGUUUGGAUUCUCAUGUUGCUCCUCAUGCUCAAGGAGAGACAUCAUCUUAAGGCGUUUAUUACCGAUGAAAGUAUGUGGGGCGGAUCCGACUACGGAGCAGGUUCUGUACGUUCUGGUAGAUCCAGGAAGAGCAGCCAUAGUCACCGUCCACUCAGUCCUAUGGACUUCGAGAACGAUGACAGGAUGAGUAAAAUAAGCUUUGACAGAUCUAGCAGAGUAUCCAGAGGGUCCAGAGGAACUAGCUACAAGGAUAUGGGGAGAAAACCAUCAACUAAUAACGGAAGUACGGGAUAUAAGAAUAUGGGCCAUAUACAGCGUGGUUCUGGGGCCCCCAGUCAACUGACUGUUAGCCGACUAGAGAAGGACUUAUACCAGGAAAACUACAUGGUUCCCGAGGUAGCUGAAGGGUAUACUGUCAACAGGUUGUUAAACCCUAGCCUGGAUCUGGAUGCUAGAAGUGUAGCUGACAUGUCAGUGUUGACUGUUACAGGGGCAAUCAUUGGGCCCGGCACACAACACAACAAUAGGGGACCGAGGAAUGCGGGUGGUUUGAUGGAUUUCUUUAAUACUCCCCAGAAACCAGAUAAUCAAGGAGAUCUACAGCAGACACAUGGACGACAUGAACGAGGUUCAAUGAUAACAGAGGAAACUGAUAUUAUCUGAUUUUUUGUAUUACUACAGUUACAUUGUUUUAAGCACAGUUUAAUUGUACACUUUAAUGUACUAAUUAUUUAACCUUAGAAUAAUUUUCUAUAAAUUACAGAUUCCAUAUGAACAGAGUUUUCACCGAACGAAGCGUUUCGCGAAAUUUUUGUUCGUAUUUCGCGAAAAAAAAAUUGCGAAAAUUCCGCAUUUCAUGAAUAUAUUUUUGCUAAAAAAUGUGAGGAACAUUUUUCGCAAAAACCUUAGGUGUUGAAGCAGUAUAACAAUAAAUUGAUCAAAAAACUUGCAGACUUCUCUGCUCAACAUUAGAAGUUUUAUUAUAAAAUUUAAAUAAUUUCUCUUCCUUUAUUUUAAUAAAUGUUUGAUGAAGAGAAUUUGAUUUCUCUAUCUUUCUGUACGUUCACCCAAAUCCAGCUAGCCAUGAGCCAGCCAGCCAGAGUUAUUUUACAGAAUAAGUUUAAAAUAUUCCGAAUUAUUUUUGUUCUUCCCGUAAUAGAUUUUUUAUUGUGUUUUAAGAAAGAAAUUCUAACGGUUGAGAAAAUAUUAAUAACUAUAUGAAUUGUCUCCUAUAGUUGUUCUUAAAUCUAUACAUUAGGUCGCUAUAUAUUUCGUGCGGGAUUUUGCAUUUUUUAAAUUUCGUAUUAUUUGCGAAAUUUUUGGUUUCUUUU